AUGGAUAAAUACGAUAUAUCCCAGCUAACUGAAUUUCCACGUUUCGAACCAGAGUCUAAUCAGAGUGGUGUAACUACAUUUUUCAAUAAGCUAUGGAAAUUACCACUAUUUUCUCCAAAUGAGACUUCGGAUGAUCCUGAAAGUAAGACCGUGGCGGAGAGGAAACAAUCCGAUGUUCAAUCAAAUGAAUCCAGAAAGCAGAGCUAUGACGACGGUAGUGCAGAAUCUGGAAGUUAUGCAGUCGAAUUCGAAGGAAGGAGUUUGCCGAAUGUUUUGAAGAGAAUAAGUAGUCUUGUAGCAUUGGGUUCUGGGGGAGGCACUCGGUACGCAGAUACUGAACUUGCUCGUUAUUGGAUGCCAGAUGAUAUCUCAAGAGAAUGCUAUGAAUGUGCAGCUAGAUUCGGAACGCUGCGUCGUCGUCAUCAUUGCCGAGUCUGUGGACAAAUUUUCUGCUCACGUUGCUGCAGCCAACGAGUUCCAGAUGCCAAACGAGCAGACGGUUCACCUGAUGGCCAGAUUUUCGGUUGUGCUGGUGGAUUGCGCGUCUGCACAUAUUGCUGCAAUGUUGUCUUGAGCUACUUACGCGAGAAUGACGCUGCUGGUGAUAUAUCUCCGGAUCUGCGAACUCUUCAAGAGAAUUUGCAGGUGAAAUUCCCUGACAACCGGGCGCAGUUGAACAAAGGCCGGGACAACUUCAUGUUCGCCCGGGAGCAGGAGGAGAGGUGCGACUUGCGGGCGUCUGCCAAGGAGUCCCUCCUCGACCUGUACAGACAAUUGUGCUUCAGCCUGCCCACGCAGCAACAUCGGUAUCGACUUGUAAGGUACAACAGCGUUUGGCGGGGAUGCGAUAUCGUGCAGUGGAUAAUGGAGAACACGAAUCAUAAGACUAGGGCGCAGGCGAACGGAAUUUGCCAAGCUCUGGUCGCGGCCGGCCACGUGGGCAGCGUCACGGACCCGCCACAGUUCGCGGACUACGCCCUCUACCGUCCGUCCACGGAUCUACACCGGACGGGGGGCGCCCGCGGCCCGGACCCCAGCGAGGACGAAGUUUCAGGCGAGGAGUGUGGUCGACUUGUCGGGAGCGUAUCUUCCUACUGUUUGAAUUUGAACCUCGGCGAUAGUUCAGCGAGACUCAUCAAAGCGAAAAAAACGGAAAGUAAAUCUUCCCCUUCCAGUGAGGAGGACCACCCGAUUUUAGAUCAAAGCGAAGGAAGUUCCGAGUCGCCCCAACUGUGCAAGGUGAUCGAAGAAUCCGGGAUCGAACAUCUGAGACUUCUACUGCGACAGUGCUUGGCACGCGCCGGCUUGGCACCCGCUUGGCUGGACGUGCUGUAUCCACUUUGCCAGCAGGCCGCCGAUAUUAUAAUGCCAGACAUGUACGGCAACGACAUCGACGUCCGCAACUACGUGCAGGUGAAGAAGGCUCCAGGUGGCAAUAUGCAGGACAGCUGCGUCAUAAACGGCGUGGUUCUUACCAAGAAUGUGGCGCAUCGGGGCAUGCCUCAACAGAUAUCCAAUCCGACGGUGCUGCUGUUGGACUGCUCCAUAUCCUACCAACGGGUCGAGGGCAAGUUGACAUCCUUGGAGCCGCUACUAAUGCAGGAGCAAGAGUACUUGGUGCGUUGCGCCGCUCGCAUAACAGCGCUGAGGCCUCGCGUGGUGUUAGUGCGCGGUGCCGCAGCACGGGCCGUGCAGGACGCGCUGCGGGGCGCGGGGGUGGCGCUGGCGGCGGGGGUGGGGGAGCGGGCGCUGCGCAGGGCGGCGCGCUGCGCCCGCGCGGACCUCGUCGGCUCGGUGGACGCGCGCAUCGCCACGCCCCGCCUCGGCACCGCCGCACACUUCUACGUGCGCAACUAUUCCGGAAAGACCCUGAUGGUACUGGAGGGUUGCGCGGAGCCCCAUCUCGGCUGCUGUAUCCUACUACGCGGCGGCUCGCUAGCCGAGCUGAUUAGAGUUAAGAAGGUCGUCAAGUUCAUGCUGCUAGCGUUUUACAAUUGGAAAUUCGAGAGGGCGUUCCUUGCCGACAUAGAAGCGGAGCUCCCCGAAUCCGGAAUGUCCUUCGGUGACGAAGAAAACGCUGACGAUGAAACGAAAGCUGAAAACGACGAAACGAUCAGAAACGGCGAUGACGUAACUAGAGCAUUCGGCGAGAAGGAGUCGCUUUUCGACGAAACUCCGAAACUAGAAAACGAGGAAACCAACAAAUCAGCGGAUAUAAUUAAAGGCCUAGAAAAAACGGAGAGCCUACAGAGUGCGAUAGACGAUAUGGACGAUCCAAACGUGGAUCUGUUCACGACGAAUAGGAGUGAAACAAAAUCUGCAAUAAGCGACGUUACUGACGAUGAAUUCGCCUUGAAGAAUGUUAAGGAGAGCGCUGAUAAAGGCGAAGAACCACACGAGAAGGUGAAACAGAGUGAUAAGAAUUUAAGUUGCGGCGUACUUAUAAGGGAUUUCAGUGAUCCACUGCGUUCCACAUUGUCUUUGGAGGACGACGUGUUUGUGCCUAAGGAGGAAGCCAAGCUCCAAGCGGACUCUCACAGCGAAAGAUGGUCGACGGACGACGUGGUGCUGUCGAUGUCGCCCAACAUGGUGAUCCCGGCGCCGCUGCGCCCGCUGCGCUCGCCCCCCGCCCCGCCCACGCCGCGCCCCCUCAGGCGCACCAGCUCGCGUCCGCUGCGCACGCACCUCGUGCUCAAGAGUUUCUCCAAUUCUUCCUUUCUCAGGAGACCGCAUCCAUUCAUCAAGAUGGCGAUAGCGGCCGCGGCAGACGAGCCGGCUCUGCGAGCCGCUCUCGCCAAUUACCGAGCCACUGGCGGCCACCUCAUCAACGGCACACAUAAACGCGAGUGUCCGCAGUACAAGCCGUCGGUGCUGAAGCGGGUCGAACCCGAGACGGAGGCGGCCAAGCGGGGCGAGGCCGCUGAGCCGCUGGACCCCCUCGCGCCGGAGAACCACCAGCGGCUGAGCCUGCUGCUCUACAGCUACAGCGACAAGUCGGCCAACGUGCCCGACUUCUGCGUAAACCCCUGGAUCGUGACAAUGGAGAUGUACGGCCGUCACGACAUUUCUCUAGGCGCGUUCCUGGAGAGGCACUGCUUCGACUGCGAACACCGCUGCCCCUCUGCCAACUGCCAGGUGCCAAUGAACAAGCACGUGCGCAGGUUCGUCCACGGCGACGUGUGCAUCACGAUCACAUGCAACACGAUCGGGCACAGCAGCGUGGACAAGGCGAAGGACGAUCAGAGCAGAGAGGUGCGCCUGUGGACGAGGUGCGAGCAGUGCGGCGCGACGUCGCGCGGACGGCGGCUCUCGCGCGGCGCUCUCUCCCUCUCGCUCGCACAGUACGUGCGCGCGCGGCUGUGCGCCACGCGGUACGCGCGGCCCGCGCUCUGCGCCCACCCGCUGCACGCGCACGCGCACGCCUUCGCCCGAGGACUCACCACCGCCUGCUUCAGGUACAGCAAAAUAACAACGUACGACAUUCAGCUGCCCCCCGACGUGAUCUCGAUCAACUACGACACGAAGCAAAUGCGGGACGCCCUCAUCGGGCAGCUCAACGACCUCAUGCUGAAAGGGCACGAGACUUUCAGCAACGCUUCUGAGGGGGAAGAGAAAGAGAAGGAGUACCAGGCCUUCAAGCAGCACAUGGAGCGCAUCCAUCUCGCUCUCACUUCCGCCAGCCUGCACGAGAACUCCACUCUUGCCGGUGUCGUGCGGAGCCUGUGGGACGUGUCGGACGACAUCAUCACCGGCGAGAGGAUGCUGCGGGAGGCGCAGGAGAAGUGGGCCGGCGCCGCGCUCAGGGGCAGCGCCAAAACGCAACCCGAAACCAGCCAGGAAGAGAAAGAAAUCGAAGACUCCACCAUCGAAUCCAGCACUUCCGAGAAUUCGGACGGCGUAUCCAAGGACUCUGAGAGAGAACACUUGAGCAAUGACGAUGACGAGGAGAGAGGCGACAAGAAAACCGUGAAGCAAAUCUUGUCCCAGCUUCUUUCCAGCAACCAACAAGCUAAUCAGAGCGGCAUCAUAAUCUGGAGCGGCGUGGUGCCGGUGGUGGUGCGCGCUGGGGACAUCGGCUCGGUGAUCGCGGCCACCUUGGCCUCCGUCACCUAUCGCCGGACGCUGCGGGCGCAGCGACACAGUACGCAAAGUGAACACGAAGAAGGCGAAAGUGUAAAUUCCACUGGCAAGGAGAGGACCGACGCAGAUAAGGCGAAAUCCAACGCCGCCAAAUCCACCGAACACAUAGAGGUCAUGCUCAAGGAAGGACUCGCGUGCCGAGUUUACUACGCGCUGCAGUUCCACGGUCUGCGGCACGCGCUGCUGGCCGCUCCCGCGUCCGCGCCCGCCGCCGAUUCCGCCCCCGCUCCCGCCUCCGCUUCCGCUUCCGCCUGUCUCUGCGACCAGAAUAAGGACAAAGACGGCAGGGGUUUAUGCGACAUCGAGGAGGGUUUCCUGAGGUCUUUGGCGCACUGCGUGCCGUGGGCGGCGCGCGGGGGCAAGUCCGGAUCGACCUUCUGCAAGACCCUAGACGAUAGAUACGUGCUGAAGGAGAUGACGAAGCCAGAGUGGCAGCAAUUCCUAGAAUUCGCCCCCCACUAUUUCAACCACGUGACCCAGUGCCGCCUCAAGAAACUGCCCAGCCUUCUCGCGCGCAUCCUGGGCGUGUUUAGCGUGGGCGGCAGCGGCAGUGGCGUGCUGGUGAUGGAGAACGUGUGGUACGGCGCCAAGGGGCCCAGGUUCGACCUGAAGGGCACAUCGCGCCCGCGCCUCGCCGCCGCCGCCCCCCACUCCGGCGCGGUGCAGGUCGACCUCAACCUGCUGCACCUUCGGUGGGAGAAGCAGCUGUACGUGGCGUCGCACACGGGCGAGCGGCUGUGGGCCAGCCUGGAGCGCGACACCCAGUUCCUGGCGGCCAACGGCGUCAUGGACUACUCGCUGCUGCUCGGCCUCAACCACAACACGCUCGUUCUCGGCAUCAUUGACUACAUCCGCACGUUCACCUGGGACAAGAAGCUGGAGCACCUGGUGAAGAAGAACCUGGGCUCCGGGCAGCCGACGGUGCUCUCGCCGGCGCAGUACCGCCACCGCUUCUGCGCGGCCGGCCGCAAGUACUUCCUGCAGUGCCCCUCCCACUGGGACCACCUCACCCACCUGGCGAGGAGCUCC